AUGCGUUCGUUCACCAUUGUGGUAGUGAUUAUGGCUCUCGUUGCAAUUGUUGCAAAGCAUUCAUCAGUUGCAACACAUGAUUCUUACAGUCAAGCAUUGCGUCGACGACUGAAUGGUUACAAUGAUGACGAGCGUGAACAGUACAAUAUGUUUUUACGACGUGUCGCGCAACAGUUAGCUGAUGAUAAAGAUGAUGACGAAAGCUUUCGCGCUACAAUGCGAAAGCGUGUUGACUCAGUUUCAAACGAUGGAACUAUUCUUGGUAUUGGCACAAACUACAAGCUCUAUACACGCGCUACCUUGAAUAGCGAUUGGAUCCAAGUUCCGAAUACUAUGGGUGAAGUCAUUGCAGUUACACAGUUGCAUGAUGGAACGAUUCUUGGUAUUGGCCAGGAUUAUAAGCUCUGGACACGCGCUACCUUGAAUAGUGACUGGAUUCAAGUUCCGAAUACUAUGGGUGCAGUCAUUGGAGUUACACAGUUACAAGAUGGAACGAUUCUUGGUAUUGGCACAAAUGAUAAGCUCUAUACACGCGCUACCUUGAAUAGCGAUUGGAUCCAAGUUCCGAAUACUAUGGGUGCAGUCAUUGGAGUAACCCAGUUACAAGAUGGAACGAUUCUUGGUAUAGGCACAAAUAAUAAGCUCUAUACACGCGCUACCUUGAAUAGCGAUUGGAUCGAAGUUCAGAAUACUAUGGGUGCAGUCAUAGCAGUUACACAGUUGCAUAAUGGAACGAUUCUUGGUAUUGGCACAAAUAAUAAGCUCUAUACACGCGCUACCUUGAAUAGCGAUUGGAUCGAAGUUCCGAAUACGAUGGGUGCAGUCAUUGGAAUUACGCAGUUAAAUUAUCCAACAAUUUCAGCUACACCUACAUCAAAAGCUGCAACAAAUACAGCAUCAAAAGCUGCAACUGCAACAACAACUGCACAUCUAUCAACAAGCUCAAGAUGCACAGAGAUUGUCAUCGGCAAAGAUAACUAUGGAGGUGAUAUGGACGCCACUCAUCCAGCACAAGUACACUCACCAGCUGCAUGCGCUGCAUUAUGCGAGCAAUAUCUAGAUUGUACUGCAUGGACUUUCAAUGUCCAAAGUGGCAAAUGCUGGACAAAAGAUAAAACAACUUCUGUUAACGCUUCACCCGACGCAAUCACAGGAACAUGCAAGAAAUCAUCGAAAUAA